GGUCCAAGACAGGAAAUCAAAUGCACAAUGGAGAAUCUAAGCAAACAGAUUUUGCCCUGGGAAAUUCAUCUGCUAGUGCUCCUAAGUUUUGGGCUACAGAUAUUUCUCUUCUUUACUGGUGGCCUUCGACGGCAUGGCAGCAACAAGUUCCUGCGGUUGUCCAUUUGGAUAGCUUAUUUGGGAGCAGAUAUGGUGGCAGUUUAUGCCCUUGGCUACCUCUCAAGACAUGAGGGGGUCACUCCUGGAUGUGACACACUAAGAGGAACCCACCCACUAGCCUUUUUUUGGGCACCCUUUCUCAUAAUACAUCUUGGUGGGCAGGACACUAUUACUGCUUUUGCCAUGGAGGACAACAGCUUGUGGUUGAGGCAUUUGUUGAAUCUGGUGGUGCAGGUUGCCCUUGCUAUAUACGUUUUCUGGAAGUCGAUGAGCAACCGGCAGAGCAUGGAGCUUCUAGUUUCAGGUAUCACUUUGUUCAUCGCCGGAAUUAUCAAGUAUGGAGAAAGGAUAUUGUCACUCAAGAGUGGGAGCUUUGAAAGUCUCAAAAGCUCUACUGGAAAUCACUACAAACACCGGUUGCCCGAAGCGAUUCAUGCGGAUGGUAGUAGCUACUGCGAUGCUGUGUGCACUAGUCUGCUGUCAAUGGUAGAUGUGUUUCACAUCUUCUCUGCACGCCCUGGUGAGAGGUACAUGAGGCAGCAUGGACCAAUGCAACCCAAGAAACUGCUCAAGGUGUUGGAGGUCCAGCUUGGCAUGAUGUAUGAUGAUCUCUACACCAAGGCUCAUGUGCUUAGAACAAAGAGUGGUAUUUUACUUCGGGGUAUCUCUCAGAUGUGUCUUGUUGUUGCUUUAACGCUUUUCCUUGCAGGAGCCAGACAAAGUUACAGAAGAGCUGACGUUGUAGUAACCUAUUCACUGUUUGCCGGCAGCUUCUUCCUAGAAGCUUGCGCGGUGUUCAUUUUCUUGACGUCGCCAUGGACUUUGGCAUGGUUACAACAAGCUCGAAAACAAGACAAACUUGCCCGAUUCUCCUGGUUUCUUUUUUCCAUUGGAUGGCCGGAGAAAAGGCCAUUGUGGUCAAACGUAGUGGGACAAUGCAACUUGUGUGGCUGGUUGGAGGAAGGCCAAGACACCCCUAGGUCCUUCAGUCAACUGGUGAGAACCAUGGUCACGAAGUUGGGGACGCUGGUUGGUCUUGAAAAGGAGAAAGUAUUCUGGGUGAGCAGCAAGUUGUUCGACACCGAGUACGUUAAGGCGGAUAAUGUGAUGGAUUGUCUCCUCCAGGGGGUUGCUCGUUUGUCUGACGAGCAUGCAGAUAUCAAUGGCAUCAUCCAGAUUCCGCAGAUUUGGCUAAAAGAUCGUGACCUCAUGCGCGAAGCAGCUCCAGCAGCAGGUGCAGAUGGCUGCUACACCUCUUGGUGGCAGUUUGUAUCAGAUGCUUACACCAGGGACUUCAGUUCCACAAUUUGUGUGGUUCAUUUUCUGACGGAGGUAGCUCUGAGUGAGUGUUCAGAGCCGGAGGCAAAACACUUGGUGGAGUUGUGCCGGGCACUCUCCCGCUACACGAUGUACCUCCUGGUGAACCACCCUUCGCUGCUGCCUGUCAGUGCCAACACGGUAGCUACGCUGGAACGGUCUCGGCCGAUCUUGCAGGAGGAAAUUGAUGCAGGGAGGGUUCCCCGGGUAGAUGUGCGAAAACUGGAGGAGAUCAGAGAUGUCUGGACAGGGAUCAUCAUCUACGUGGCUGCCAAGUCCCGGCCAGAGAUGCAUGCGGCGCAGCUGGCCAGAGGAGGGGAGCUUCUGACCUUUGUGUGGCUGCUGCUGGCUGAAUAUGAGCUCGGGGAUGCUGGGGGCGUCAGGCUGGAGCUUACUAAUCUUAUCAUUUAGAAAAUAGAAAGUCGUCGUUCAACUUUUUUGCAGAUAAACCUAUGACCUUUGUUGUUAUUAUUACCUCUAUAUGCGCACUAUAUUGAUGUGCCAGGAGCGAGGGGAUGAAUAAUUAAUAUGAAAUAGUUUGAGAUAUCUAA